ACAGCAGUACGUGCCUGUCCGAUGCACUUUACGGCAGUCACGCGAAGGCGUGGGGGAGUGCUUACGCCUCCUGCGCCCACAGGCACGCAACGACAGCAGCACACGCUGUGUGGAGCGCUUUAUGGCAGCCACGCGAAGCUGAGCGAUCAUGGCGAUGGUGGCGGGACUGUGGCAGAGGGCGAGAGACUAUAUGAAGACCAAGGAGUUCCGGGACUACGUGACCAGCACGCACUUCUGGGGUCCCCUGGCCAACUGGGGCCUACCGCUGGCCGCCAUUAAGGACAUGAACGCAUCGCCUACCAUAAUCAGUGGCCCUAUGACGACAGCACUCAUCUUCUACUCAAUGGCAUUCAUGCGUUUCGCCUACCGUGUACAGCCUCGAAACUUGCUGCUGCUGGCGUGCCAUAGCACCAACGUGGUGGUGCAGAGUGUGCAGGUGAGCCGCUACCUAAUUCACCAGUACGGCGGGGACUCUGCUGCCGCCACCGCCGGUCUCACCCAGCGACCCUAUGGCUGUUAGCAACUUUGAGGAUGAUGACUUCUGCUAGACAGCCCGCCGCCAGCCCCAACCUGUGGUCCCCGAAAUCUGGCUGAGAAGGCCCUAUCAAAUCUCGGCAGCUUGCAAGCCCUGACCUAUUGUCCUCCCUGAAGAAAAGACCAAUGAAGUUUGGUUUUGAGUCUAAUAAAAAACAAAAACAAAGAAACAGUGCGACUCUGAUUUAAACCUGCAGUUUGCUUAUUAAGAAAUAGAAAAUAGCACAGAACUGAAGGUGUAGAGUGUUGUUUAUUUCGUCACCUGGAAAGAAACUUAUUUAGGUGAGGGUAGAUUGGCUGGUUUUCCUCUUCACGGGACCGGCACCUCGAGGGUUAGUUUUUACAGGGGAGGAAAACUGAAUGAAAAUGCCCCUGAGAUCGCGUUUCGUUACUUGUUUCUUUACUUGUUUCGGGCCUCCAGACCAAAUAAUGGUGCUUAGUGUUAUACAUGAUUUUGAAAACUUGGUAUAGACAUUAAUCUCUUUACGGGAAAAAUAAGUCGGGAGCUAUUUCUACUGAGGGAACUACCUCGGAGGGGUUUAAACGAAUUCAGUGAAAUACAGGUUAGA